AUGAUUUGGGAACUGCUCUUGUUAAAAAUCGCUGAUGUGCUGCCCUCUUACACUUGGAUUCCAAACGUACCAAGAAAAGGCCCCCACGAUCGACCUCAUCGGAUAAGAGGUCAUGGGCAAGGUGGUGUGGCCCAACCUGGACAGCCCAAUCUCGGUGACGAUCUUGGCAACGACACGGUUGAACCAACCAGGGAGGUUGCACUCAUAACACCAGGAGCAUCUGAUGACCGCCAUUGUUUGCACAAAGCAAGACGACCAGAGCCACAAGACCUGGCUCGAAUGGACCACAAACUUGUAGAGACCCUUUCAGGACAACCCGACAUCUGGCGCAUAAAUUGCGCCGUGUAUGAUGCUGCUCGUGAACUUGCCCAAAGGUCCCAGCCCAUAACAUCGGGUGCGGACAAAAGGGCUGAGCGGCGAACACAAAAGUUGGAAGCCAAAAUCCGGGAGGCGAGACAAUACGCAUCCCGUAUCCAGUGUGUGUUGGAAUACAAAAAGGCUGGGCGACCGUUCACGCCCAAGGUCCGACGCAUAGCGGCGGACUUACGGUGCUUUCAUCACACCCUGAACGGUGCAGUGUUGCAAACCAUCAAGCAGCAUUGUAAUGAAAGGAUACGGGCACUAGUGACCGCCAAAAAGUCAUUAGUCAGGAGAGCGAAAGGGCAGAAACAAAACAAGGUUUUUGCGGAGAGCCCCUCUCGCCUAUUCCAGCCGCCACAGCGUGUUGGAGAAAAUCCGCCUACCCCGGAGGCUGUCCAUCUGUUCUGGAAGGGAAUCUACGAGCAAGUACGGCCAUUUAAUGCCGAUACCGCGGCCUUGGCACAGUUUGGGACUUUUCUUAAUGAAAAGUUCCAGAACCCAAACAACCUGUGCCCACCGAUAACCCUUGAGGAGGUUCAAGGUACCUUAACGGGUGCAAGGAACUUCUCUGCUCCUGGACCGGAUGGGAUUAACUCCUACUGGUGGAAAAAGUUUCCAUCAACCCAUCCACAUUUGGUCCGCAUCUUUAAUGCUUGGAUGCAUGGGGAGCAGGGGAUCCCCCAAUGGUUUGUCGAGGGCCGGACCGUGUUGGUUCCUAAGAACGGGGAUUUGUCCGAUCCAAAGAACUAUAGGCCAAUCACAUGUUUAAACGCAUGCUAUAAAAUCUUUACAAGGGUCUUAUACAUGCGGAUACUUAAAGCAGUGGAUCCUGUUUUUCGUGAGGUAUGCGAACAGCGAGAAUCAAAGAGGGGUGUGGCUGGCUGCAGGGAGAACUUGCUGAUAGAUCGUACUAUCACGCAGGACUCCAGGCAGUACAAGCGGAACCUCUCGAUGGCCUGGAUUGACUACCGCAAGGKGUUUGACACAACGUCUCACCAUCUCGUUGUGCACCUUCUCAAGAGCCUUGCGGUGCCUGAUCCUAUAGUGGAAUGCCUAGAACGAAUGAUCCUACUUUGGCGAACCAGAUUCACCAUAACAUCAGGUGCCACAAAAGUUCGCACAGAGUGGGUGACGUUCCGGAGAGGGGUGUUUCAAGGAGAUUCCUUGAGCCCCCUCUUGUUUUGCAUUUCGCUACUUCCGCUUUCAAUUGCCUUACGAAAAACAAAGGGAUAUACUUGCGGCCCACCUUCGCACCGGAGGCAUAAGGUCACCCAUCUUUUCWAUAUGGAUGACCUUAAACUUUACGCCUCCGGAGAAAGAGAACUACAACAAUCUCUUAGGGUGGUGCAGGAGUAUACUCAUGCGAUUGGAAUGGAGUUCGGAACGGACAAAUGCGCACUGGUCCAUAUCAAGAGAGAACGAUGCGGAGAAUACGGAGAGGAUGAGCAACUUGCUGAUGGAAGCAUUCUUAAACAUCUGAAUGCCGGAGAGACCUAUACCUACCUCGGCAUUGAACAGCGUAAUGUUCAAGAGGUAGGUAAAAUCAAAGAGUCUCUUCGUGGCAAGUAUCGGCAACUGCUCCGGCAAAUUUGGUCUUCCGAACUGUCGGGGAAGAACAAAGUUGCCGCAACAAAUAUGCUUCCCGUUCCGAUCCUGCUCUGCUCUUUUGGAGUAGUGAAGUGGACUAAAGCCUGUAAGAUCAUCAGGAGCUCGGAUCCCCUUCUUCGCAUGGUAUGCGAACACGAAAGAGGGGAGGUGGGAGCAUUUUUGUUUAGGGCAGCACGAAGGGCAGCGGAUGAACUCGGUCUUGUCUUCGAUGAGGAACGAGUGUCUGAAAACUCWGWCACKGAGUGGGAGGAUACUCGUUUCCAGGCCCACYUAAGGGAWGCCGAGGUGCGCAGUUUAUUGCGCAAGCACUGUGACAAGCCCAUGCAUGGUGUCUUCUAUAAAACCAUAGAAGACCAGGGCUUGUCUCAGCGGCUGACCUUUGUCUUCUUGAAGGCAAGUGGGUUAAAGUCGGAGAAGGAGGGGUUUAUCAUAGCCUGCCAAGAUGGUGUUUUUAACACGCUCGUCUAUCGCAGCCGCGUGAUGGGUAUGGACAUUCCGGAUAUUCGGUACAGGGCAUGUCGCACUGCACCAGAGACACUGAUGCACAUACUGUCGGCUUGUCCGAAACACUCGUACGGUGUAGACGAAACACCUGUGCUUCCCUAUGCUCCAGGAGACAUUGAGUCGGUAGUGGAGAAUGAGAAGUGCCGAAUUUAUUGGAACUUUUCGUUCUCAACUACAGGACUCAUUCAGGCCAACAAGCCUGACAUUGUCCUCCUCGAUCUUCUAUCUAAGGAGAUGUUUGUGAUCGAAUUCUCUGCUCCGGCUGAGCCAAACAUCUCCGCUAAGGAGGAGGACAAGCGGUUAAAAUACCGAGAUCUCCUUCAGGAGCUCCGUAGGCUGUAUCCUGGCUAUUCUAUCAAACUGGUCGUCUUGGUCAUCGGAUGUUUAGGGGGUGCAAGACCAACGCUGCUUUCGUCUUUGAAGAUCAUUCCGGCAUGCCGUGACGCGGCUGAACGACUUGCCGGUCAAAUGCAGAAGGCGGUAAUCCUCGGCUCAUUGCUUCUGCUCAGGGCACACGAUUUGUGGACCUAG